AUGGAGGAGUUUAAUGUUUGGGUGGGCUCUUAUGGGCUCCUUGAUAUGCCUUUCCAUGGGAAUUCUCUAUCUUGGUGUAAUGUUCAUUCUGGAAGAUCCAGGAACUGGGCGAGACUUGAUCGUUGUUUUUUUAAUACAACGGCUCUUGAUGCUUUUCCUGAUGCUAAUAUGGAAUACUUGGCGCGCACUUUUUCUGAUCAUGCGCCGAUGACGUUUAAGCAAAUGUGGGUUUCUCAUGCUCAAUUUUUCGAUUGUGUCUCGUACUCUUGGAAUGGUGAUGCUGUUGGGGGGUCACCACUUGAGGAUCGGAUAAAGGGCUUGGAGGCCAGCUUGCAAUCUGAGUAUACUGAAGACGUGGAGGAUGAUCUCGUUGCCUCCCAGUUGGAGCUUUUAGUUUGGUUGGAUAGGGAAGAAAAACGUUUAACCCAACAAGCUAAACAAGGUUGGAUUCAGAAGGGCGAAGCGAACUCUGUUUUCUUCCGUGCUAUCAGUCAUCGUAAUCAUAAAGAGACGAAAGAGAUGAAGCUAGAGGAUGGGUACUAUUCUCUCCUCACCAAAGCAGAUUCACGAAGGGGCAAUUUCUUAUUUUUCUCAAUUCUUGGAGGCUGGCAAUUGCCGCAAUGA